AUGGCAGAAGCAUACCAGAAGGAGUUCUUCAACGUCACGUUUCCGGCCGAACAUGUGGCUCACGUUGAGAUUAAUCGGCCAGAGAAGAUGAAUGCAUUCAAGGAGAUCAUGUGGCUCAACCUCCGUGCCAUCUUCCAACAGCUCUCCCACGAUCCCUCGGUCCGCGCCAUAAUCCUCACCGGUGCCGGCCCCCGCGCCUUCACCGCCGGCCUCGACGUCCAAGCCGCCUCCUCAGGCCCCACCUUCUCCUCCUCCACCCACGACGACCCCGCCCGCAAAGCCAACGGCCUGCGCCGCCACAUCCUCGAGUUCCAGGCCUGCAUCACCGAGCUGGAGAAGUGCGAGAAGCCGGUCAUUGCCGUGCUACACGGCAUCAGUUUCGGCUUGGCCAUGGACAUGAGUCUUGCGUGCGAUAUUCGCAUUGCAAGCGCAGAUGCCAAGAUGAGUGUCAAGGAGGUGGAUAUUGGGAUUGCGGCGGAUAUUGGUACCUUGAGCCGGUUGCCGCAUAGUGUGGGUAGUUUGAGCUGGGCCAAGGAUAUUGCACUGAGCGCGAGGGUGUUUGGGGCCGACGAGGCGUUUAGGCAGGGGCUGGUUAGUGCGGUGUACAAGGAUAAGACGGAGGCUGUGGAUGAGGCGCUCAAGUUGGCCACGCUGAUUGCCUCAAAGAGCCCGGUCGCGGUACUAGGAACCAAGGAGAUUAUGAACUACUCACGGGACAGGACGGUGGAGGAAGGAUUGAGGUAUACGGCAGUGUGGAAUGCGGCUAUGCUGCAGACGGAGGAUGUGAAGAGUGCGAUGAUGAGUGGGAUUCAGAAGAGGACGCCCAAAUUCAGUAAACUAUAG